AAGAAACAUAUAAAGAUAAUGAUAUAUUUACUAACCAUGAUGUAAAGUCAUCAUUCAGAAAAUUGCUAAUUAGUAACAAGCAUAAGCUGCAACUCAUAUUUGCAAUAGUUCCUAAUUAUUUUUCAUUAGGCUCCUUCCUUUUGUGCCAUGGCGGUUGAAUUUGUUGGCAGUGCUCUUCUUUCUGCUUCCCUUCAGGUUGCAUUUGACAGGUUGGCUUCAUCUGAAGUUGUGGAAUACUUUCAAAGCAGAAAAUUCAAUGAGAAGCUUCUUAAUAGGCUCAACAUCAUGCUACUAUCGAUCAAUGUUGUGGUUGAUGAUGCAGAGCAAAAGCAGAUCAUAAAUCGUCAUGUGAAAGCAUGGCUUGAUGCUGUUAAAGAUGCUGUGUUUGAUGCAGAGGAUUUGUUAGAUGAAAUUGACAUUGAAGUUUCCAGAUGCAAGCGGGAAGUUGAGUCUCAGUCUAGUCCUAGCAAGGUAUGGAAUUUCUUCAAUGUUUCUUUCAGUUCAUUUGACAAAGAAAUUGAAUCAAAGAUGCAAGAAGUACUUGAUAAUCUAGAAUUUCUUGCUAGCAAAAAGGAUAUAUUAGGUUUGAAAGAAUCUAGUAGUGGUUUUGGUGUUCAAUUGAGUAGUCAAGUGUCACGAAAAUUGCCAUCAACAUCUUUGCUUGGCGAAACUGUUUUAUAUGGCAGAGAUAUUGACAGAGAAAUUAUAUUUGAUUGGAUGAUAUCUGAAAAUGAAAAUCAUUUUUCAAUAGUUUCUAUAGUUGGUAUGGGUGGUAUGGGUAAGACCUUACUUGCUCAACAUUUAUACAAUGACUCAAAGAUGGAAGAUGAAUUUGAUAUCAAAGCUUGGGUUUGUAUUUCCGACGAUUUUGAUGUUUUCAUGGUUACAAGAGCUAUUCUUGAGGGUAUCAAUAGGUCAACUGAUGAUAGUAGAGACCUAAACAUGGUUCAAGAAAGGUUGAAGGAAAAAUUGACAGGAAAGAGAUUUCUUCUUGUUUUGGAUGAUGUUUGGAACGAAAAACAUGACCAAUGGGAAACUUUACAAACUCCUUUUAAAUAUGGAGCUCAAGAAAGCAAAAUAAUCGUUACUACACGCAGUUUGAAAGUUGCUUCAACUAUUCGAUCCACUCAUAUACACCAGCUAGAGCAAUUAAAAGAAGAACAUAGCUGGUUAUUAUUUGCUAAACAUGCAUUCCAAGAUGAAAAUCCUCAAUUGAAUCCUGAGUUGAAGGAGAUUGGUAAAAAGAUAACUGGAAAAUGCAAAGGAUUACCUCUAGCUUUGAAAACAAUUGGAAGUCUCUUAUACACCAAAUCAUCUUUGGUGGAAUGGGAAAUAAUAUUGGCAAGCGAGAUAUGGGACUUACCUGAAGAGGUUAGCAAUGUCAUCCCUGCUUUAAGACUUAGCUAUCACCACCUUCCUUCUCAUCUGAAGAGAUGUUUUGCUUAUUGUUCUUUAUUCCCAAAAGGUUUUGUGUUUGAAAAGAAGCAUUUAACUUUAUUAUGGAUGGCUGAAAAUUUUCUACAAUGUCCUCAACAGAAUAAGAGUAUGGAAGAAGUUGGCGAACAAUACUUUGAUGAUUUGUUGUCGAGGUCAUUUUUUCAACAAUCAAGCGAAGACAAAACGUGUUUUGUAAUGCACGACCUUCUUAGUGAUUUGGCAAAAUAUAUCUGUGGUGAUUUUUGUUUUAGGUUGGAAGUUGAAGAAGCACAAAACAUAUCAAAAGUUACACGUCAUUUUUCUUUUUUGAGAAAUAGAUAUGAUUCUUCUAAAAGGUUUGAGGCCUUGUGCAAGGCUGAAAGAUUGCGUUCAUUUCUACCAUAUAGCAGGAAGUGCAAUCUACCAUCUUUUCUUAAUGAAUUUUGGAUGUCUGGUCCUUUGGUGAAUGACUUGCUCCCCAAGUUUAAGCUCUUACGUGUUUUAUCUUUGUCUGGUUAUUACAAUAUGAUUGAAGUUCCUGACACUAUAGGUAAUCUUAAACAUCUCCGUUAUCUUGACCUUUCCGAUACCAACAUAAAAAAGCUACCUGAUUCAAUAUGUUUUCUUUUUAACUUGCAAAUAUUGAAGUUGAAGAAUUGCCGAUUUUUGGAUGAGCUGCCUUUGAAUUUUCAUCAACUUACUAAUAUGCGUUAUCUUGAUUUUAGUGGAACCAAGGUGAGAAAUAUGCCAAUUCAUUUUGGAAAAUUGAAGAAUCUUCAAGUGCUGAAUUCAUUCUGUGUAGGAAAAGGCAAUGAGUCUAAUAUUCAACAGUUAGGUGAACUCAAUCUUCAUGGAACACUAUCAAUUUCAGAGUUGCAGAAUAUUGUGAAUCCCUUUGAUGCAUUAGCAGCCAAUUUGAAAAAUAAAAUACACCUUGUGAAGCUAGAGUUAGAAUGGAAUGCAAACAAUGAAAACUCACAACAAGAAAGGGAAGUGCUUGAGAAGCUACAACCUUCAAAACACUUGAAGGAGCUAUCAGUUAUAAGCUAUGGCGGAACAAGAUUUCCAGAUUGGUUUGGAGAUAGUUCACUAUCUAAUUUAGUCUCCUUGAAGUUGAGUAACUGUGAAAAAUUUCUCUUGUUGCCUCCACUUGGAACUUUACCAUCUCUCAAGAAACUGUGCAUUAUAGGACUCUCUGGUGUAGUGGUUAUUGGCUCAGAGUUUUAUGGCAGUAGCUCUUCAAAUGUUCCAUUUUCAUCCUUGGAAACCUUACAAUUUGAGGAUAUGGUGGAAUGGGAAGAAUGGGAAUGCAAAACAGCGACAAAUGCAUUUCCAUUUCUUCAAAAACUUUCUAUAAAAAAUUGUCCAAAUCUAAGAUACUUUUUGCCAGAGAAACUUCCUUUUUUAACAAUGCUAGAAAUUUCUCAUUGUGAACAACUUGUAGCUUCUAUUCCUAGGACUCUAAUCAUCCGUGAAUUAGAUCUAAAUGAUUGUGGAAAGCUGCAAUUUGAUUAUCAUCCAGCUACUUUGAAAAUUAUCAAAAUUGGUGGAUACAACAUGGAACUGUCAUUGCUUGAGAGGAUUGAGCCAAUCAUAUCCAAUAUCUCCCUUGAAAGAAUUAAAAUUACUGAUUGUCCUAAUAUGAAUAUUCCAUUACAUUGUUGCUACAAUUUCCUUGUAGGAUUGUACAUUUGGAAUAGCUGUGACUCUCUAACUACAUUUCCUCUUGAUUUGUUUCCAAAGCUCAAGGAGCUCCAGUUUAGAGACUGUAUUAAUCUUGAGAUGAUUUCACAAUCACAAACUCACAAUCUCAAACUUUUGCAAAUAUCCAAUUGCUCUAAAUUUGUAUCAUUUCCAAGAGGAGGACUAAAUGCACCUGAGCUAGUAGUUUGUGAAUUUUAUAAAUUAGAGAAUUUGAAAUCAUUACCUGAAUGCAUGCAAAUUCUACUUCCAUCUAUGUGUCAUCUAUUUGUAAGGCAUUGUCCAAAACUGGAGUUGUUAUCUGGUGGAGGUUUGCCAUCAAACUUAAAACAGCUGCAUCUUCGCAAUUGUUCAAAACUUUUGGCAUCAAUGAAACGUGUUUUGGCAACCACUACCUCUCUAUUUCGUUUGUAUAUUGGAGAAGUCGACGUGGAGUGUUUUCCUGAUCAAGGCUUGCUUCCACAUUCUCUUACUGCUCUAUCCAUCACUUGGUGUCCAAAUCUUAAAAAACUGAAUUACAAUGGUCUCUGUCAUCUCUCAUCUCUUACAACUUUGUAUCUUUCAAGUUGCCCCUUACUCCAAUGCUUACCUGAAGAGGGUCUGCCUAAAUCCAUUUCAACUCUACAAAUUUGGGGUGAUUGUUCGUUGCUCAAGCCCCGUUUUCGGAAAUCAAAUGGUGAAGAUUGGGAGAAGAUUCGUCACAUUCCAUGUAUAAUAAUUGACAGUGAUAUUAUAACAUGAACAUCAAAUUCUCUAUGAGGCAUUCACCAAUUCUCUUGUGCUCUACCAUUUUGAUUAGCUGUGCGUAUACUAUUCUAGUGCAACCCACCACCACAGACCGCCGCGCAACCCUCAGGCAAACACGGUGACAUUUUUUGUUGUUGUUUUUUUUGCGCUGCCAAACUCCAGCGAGCUCGGUGACACAUCUGACCACCAAUUUUUCAAAGUCAGCCGUCGCUCAGGGCCUUACGGCACAUUCCAAGUGGUAGCAGGGAUCAUACAACAAAAUUUUGGUCUAUGAAAGUCCUUGAAUGGUGGUGGUGAAGCUCAAAUGGUUUGGCCAUGGAAGAAUAGAGAGGAAUGAGUGUGAUUAGUCUUUAAAAGUCCUUGAAUGCACAUUUACCAUGAGAUGCAGAGUAGCUAGCUAGCCAUGAAGAAGGAUAAAUUUGAUUCUAUGUGUGCAAACAUUAAUGCAUAACUUCAUUUUGUUUUAUGUAUUAUAAUUAUAAACAAUGUGCUGCUAAGUUUCCAACAAGACUUUGAAUAUUGUUUUUAUCUGGAAUACACUGAUCUAGAAAUAGCAAGUAAUCUCAUCAAUUCCAUAGGUUAUGUUA